UCUAAAGCUGUGAGCAGACCUUCUCUCCUCCACUGUAAUGAAGACUGUUGUGUUCACUUUGCUGGUUGUGGCUGUGGUUUGCAGCACAGGUGAUAAAAUCAUUGGAGGUUAUGAAUGUCCGCCCCACUCUCAGCCAUGGCAAGUGUACCUUACAGAUGGGCGUAAAUCAUGUGGAGGAUCUUUGAUUAAUGAAAGAUGGGUUGUGUCUGCUGCUCACUGCAAGUUCAUACGACUCUUUCUCCACGUCCACUUGGGAAAGCACAACGUGUCUGUUACUGAAGGCACAGAGCAGAAGAUCAGGGUGGAGAAGGUGAUUCGUUACCCAAAAUAUGGCAAUCAGCCUCAUAACAAUGAUAUCAUGCUGAUCAAGCUGAGAAAGCCUGCCAUCUUCAACAAGUAUGUAAAGCCAAUCCCUCUGACAACCAGCUGCUCUUCUGCAGGGGAGCAGUGCUUGGUUUCUGGAUGGGGCGACAUUGGAGUUAAUAUUCUUUUUUCAGAUGGCGCUGCUUCUGUCCUGCAGUGCUUGAUGUUGCCUGUACUCUCAAAGACGCAGUGUAAGCGUGCAUAUGGUACAUUAUUAACUGAAAACAUGUUCUGCACUGGAUUCAUGAAGGGAGGCAAAGACUCAUGUCAGGGGGAUUCUGGUGGCCCUGUAGUGUGCAACGGUAAACUAAAAGGUGUUGUUUCCUGGAGCGAAGGCUGUGCUCAGCCAGGCUUUCCUGGGGUUUAUGCUGAGGUGUGUCGCUAUACUGACUGGAUCAAAAACAUCAUAGCUGAUAACUAACUCUUUGAUCAGCCUGGUCGGUCCUUUAGAAGUUCAUUUUCCUAAUUAUCUGCAAUUAAAUUCAGUAUGUAUGUGUUUCUAUCUUGUAUUUUUAUUUUUAUUUCAUUAUGUUUUUAAGUAUUUUUUAUUCAUGUUUGCUCCCCACCCCUUACACUGUGCUGCUACAGCAGCAUGGCAAAAUUAAGUACCCCAUCAUGUGGGUGUGCAUGUCACAUGGAAAACAUUCAAAGCCUCAGAGUAUCCACAACAGGGCCAUCAGAAGAUGUAAUUUCUUCCAUACAGUAGCUAGUGCACUAAAAUUCCCAUUACAGUGUUAGAAUGUUAUGGCUUAGCAGACAGCCAAUCACAUCUGUUGCCUCAUAUGCACAUGGUUUGUACAGAAACACUGUGUAUUGACUAGGCUAUGUUUCAGCUUCUGAGGGGAAAACUGGAAAACGGAGGGGAAAACUCUGAAGCUAGAUAACCCAGGAUUUAGUUUACCUAUGGUUUAGAAUGACUCAGGGAUAUUGUGUGAAAAGCCCUUUCAUUGGAAAUGUGUCAAUAGAAUCAUGAUGGAUUAUUUUGGUAUUUCUAUUUUUUUGUCUAAGGUAGAUUUUGCUAUAGCUGUAGAAAAUUGAACUCUCA